AACUGUCUACUGUCUAUGAUGAUGUGAUUCUGUGAUUUUAUGAUUGAGGAUUUUCUUAGUAAUUUUCUUCAAUUAAUUGGUGAAUUUCGUUUAAUAUUUUAUAAAAUAUCUAUCAAAUCAUGGCUAACGACGAUGUAGUGCUAAAACAAUAUCUAUCUAAAUACAAACACCGCGACUAUACGGCUCGGGAAGUUGUUAAUUUGAUUCAAGCGUACAGAAGUUUGACCUAUCGUCUAGAAGCCUUUGUGUUCAACAACGGCGCUCGAAAAGACUUAUUAAACCUAGAAGGUACCAUUCCUGUGAACUAUAAAGGAGCCUACUACAACAUACCCGUUUGUAUCUGGCUAAUGGACACUCACCCGCAAAAUGCGCCGCUGUGUUUCGUCAAACCCACGUCAGACAUGUCUAUCAAAGUCUCAAAAUAUGUAGACAGCAAUGGAAAGGUGUACCUGCCCUAUCUACACGAGUGGACACAGAAUGGCUCCACCUUACAGAAGCUUAUUCAAUGUAUGAUCUCUGCCUUUGGAGAACUGCCACCAGUUUACUCGAAGCCCCGCAACGAAACUAGAGCGCCUUACCCAGUAAACUCUUUCAUGCCACAGCCUACCGGGUACCCAUUCCCGCAAGGAGCUCCUCAACCAGGAUAUCCCACACCAGCACCUUAUCCUACAACAUCAAAUUUGCCGUACCCGGGCUAUGGUGCACCAUAUCCUGGGUCUGUCAGUAGCAAUGGUUUGCCGUAUCCACCUUCUUCAUCAGCUACGCCUUAUCCUCCUGCAGCAGGCUACCCAGGCCCCAGUGUAACAGCAGAUGUAGCGGGUGGUACCAUCACAGAGGAACAUAUUAAAGCCUCACUAUUAUCUGCAGUAGAAGAUAAACUACGAAGGAGGCUGAAGGAACAGUCUCUACAGUCUCAGGCAGAAUUAGAAACUCUUAGAAGAACACAGCAGGAGCUACGUGAGGGCAAAGCCCGUCUUGAGGAGAUUCUUUCAAGGCUGCAAAGGGAGAGGGCUGAAUUAGACAAAAAUGUGACAAUCUUGCAAGAGAAGGAGAAAGAAUUGCACACUGCUAUUGAACGCCUGGAAGAACAAGAAGGCAUUGAUGUGGAUGAAGCUGUUGUGACCACUGCUCCUUUGUACUCACAGCUCCUGAAUGCUUUUGCUGAAGAAGCAACUUUGGAAGAUGCAAUCUAUUACAUGGGUGAGGCGCUGCGGAAGGAAGUUAUUGAUCUGGACACAUUCUUGAAGCAGGUCCGUACUCUAGCUCGUCGGCAGUUCACUCUGCGUGCCCUGAUGCACAAGUGUCGGCAGAAGGCUCAGUUGGCGUGCUAAUAGUGGCGUCGUUUCUGGCAAUGUUUCCUUAAGACUUUGCCAGAAAUGAAAUACUCUGUGAUUUGUUUGUAAUUGGUUAUGAGUCAUACUCGGAUGAUGUUACAUCAUUUUGUGGUGGACGGACUGUGUUGGUUGAGGCUAAUGCCUGCAAAACUGUUAACUUGUUAAAACUUCCUGUGUCUAUAUAUCUUUAUACAUAAAAUAUAACCAACUUGGCUUUGAACUCUGUAAAUGACAUGUAGUACAUGCUAUCACUUGUAAUUUUCUAUAUAGAGACCCCAUUCAAGAAGUGUAUCACCUUGUAAUGUUGGUGAAUAUAAAUAUCAUUGUAUCUUUAGUCUUUAAAUUGCAUAAUUUCUAUGACAAAACUAUGUUGAAGAAUAAAAUGUAAAUAUAAUAUCAAAAAAAGUAUUGUCUUUCAAAUCUAUUUUAUUAGAAUUUAGGCUAUACAUAUAAAAUGAAAAUUAUAGCACUGGUUAUAAAAAUUAUAGCUAAAUCCUCAUGGGUUGAGAGGUUUCAAGUUACUGCAGCUCAGAAUGAGGUCUUGGAUGAUCUUUAAGUCAAAAAAACAUCUUUGGGCUUCUUCAUAUUGGUUUAAAAAUAUUUCCAAUAGGCUGCUUGAUAUUACUAUGAGAUUAGUAACACAAAUGGAUUAGUGGGUAACAGUGCACACCGCAUAAUAUCUCUGUGCAUAUUAUGCUAUGUAAACAACAUAAUAAAAGCACUAUGUAGCAUCACAUUAUAUUUUUAUUAUAUUGCUAUAUCUUUUAAAGUCAGUGACUCAUUUAUAACUAGGAUUGAUAACAAACUCAUUCUCGUUGAAGUAUUUGAAGUGCAUUACAUAAAGUUCUAUUUUGCACAGAAUUUGCACUAUGUUUCUAGAGAAUAUGCAUUUACUAUGUAUUCUUAAAGUAGGUGACUAGCUAUCAUUAUGUAAACAGUUUGGGUUAUAUUAUCAUGUUAUCAAUAUCGUAAUUAGUAUAUUAAAAUAUUGUAAUGUAAUUAUUCAAAGCUUUAGACCCAUAUCCUAUUAUCUUAAUUAUUGGUAAUUAAGCUUCUCUUUAUUAAAGAUCGUUAUGGAAUUUGAAAAGCCAUAUUUGAGAAUAUGUUUUAACUCUUGUUACAUAGGACUUAGAAACUGGCAAAGAGUAAAUGAUGCAUUUAAUAUGCGUUUGUCUGACUCACACUUUAGAGAAUAAAGUGUAGUUAGUACUUGAUAAUGCUAUAUUAAAAAAAAUAACUAUAAUAUAAUAUAAUAGAUUAAUUAAAAGACCCGAAGGUGUAGGCAGAGGUGAACAUAUUAAAUGUAACAUUCACUUAUCACCAGUGGUGUUAUGAGUCCCGUGUAACAGGGGGUGUCUUGACUGUGAAAGAAAAAUAAAUUGUAAACAUUUGUAAAAUAGCUUGUAAGAUAGAAUGCGUAAUCUUUUUAGUGGAAGUUGGCAGUCUAGUUGUACUCUACUCUAAUCACGUUUCAACUAAAGAAAUAUAGCUUAGAUGUAACGAACUAUACUAUAGAUGUGAACAGGUAAAUAUUUGCUUAAACAUUUUAUUUACGUAUUUUUUAUCAACUGUAAACGUAAGGAAUCUCCUAAAGAUUCUAUCAGAAGUGGCAGUGCACAUCAAGCUGAAGAUUAACUUGGGUGCUUGACACACUUUAUAUAGGGUGAGUGGUAAGGUGCGUUGGGGUAAGAUCGGCGGAGGGGUAAGAACGUACAAAUCAAAUAUCUCACUUAUUUGGCAAUAUUUUUUAAUGCUGAUCACAUUGCGUGGCACGUCAUUAAGUCCCGCCUCACCCCGCGGUGACCACCACUCGCUCCGGUCAACACAGACGUGUACCCGCGCCGUUUUAGAAAAAACGCAAAUUUUAUAAAAUAUUUGUUUAUCCGGUCUUUCACCUACAUUUUUAUUUGCAUAUUUUAGCAAAAGUAUAGCUUAUUUUGACAUGUUUUUGCCUAAAUACUAAGUUUUGAGCAAUGAUAAUAUGAUAAAACUAAUCCAGAUUUGUCUACUACCUCUGUAGGCUGAAAUCCGGUGUUACCCAUGUCGGGUAAAGAUCGGGCAAAAAUAUCCCUAUUCGAAAAUGGGCAGUGAUUGUCAAACUUUUGUUACACAUGAUUUUAAUUUAAUUUUAAAUAAUUACUUAGGGGUGAUUUUCCAAUCUUCAGUUGCCACGUAAAUAAUCCCGAACCUCUUCGCGGGCCACUUCUUAUACAAAAGAAGCGCUGGAAUUAGCCAUGUAGCAAAUAAAUAAUAAAGAACUCACGUAUGCAGCCACUUCAAAAAUGCUUGUGGAUAAAUCUAAACUUUGAGAAACUCAAUUUCUUUGAAAUUUGGUAUGCGGGGUAAGAUCGGACAAAUUAAACGAAAAAAAAAGAAUCAUUUGGAACAUCUAUAUUUGUUGUAUUAGGUAAAUUUUUGUGAUGUCAUGUUAAAGUACAGGAAAGAUCGAAUACGUUCCUUUCAUACACCUUGUGCUCCUAGCACUAGAAAUUAUUUUAAAUUGUUGUCCGAACUUACCCCAUGACGGCCAAAUCGUCAUCACAUUAAAAAAAAAAUUGUCCUGAUUUUAUAGGCUUGCAGAGCAAAAAGUAUUAAGUAUUUAUAAAUAAAUUAAAUUUUAAAUUA